AUGCUUGAUGUUCUGUACGAUCCAGCCUGGACAUCCCAGUUCUACUGGUUGCUCAUUGUGGCUUUCGUUUUCGCCUUUUCCGUCUCGUUCGGAAUGGGUGCAAACGAUUCCUGUAACGACUGGGGUCCAGCUGUAGGAGCCGGAACGGUGAAACUUUGGCAGGCAUACAUCCUUUGCGGCAUUUUCAACACCAUUGGAGCCAUCCUUCUUGGUCAGUUUCACUUUUCAUCUGUUUUGAGGGUCACUGUAACUACUUCCCUACGAAUUUAA